AUGGAAGAGCAGGUAGCAAACGCCAUAGAAAUCGCCGGGAACCCUACCUCCGACACCACCCUCAAAGCCCAAGCCUUUGACUACCUCAACCAACUCCGCUCCGAUCCUUCAGGCUGGCAGGUCUGCCUCUCCCUCUUCACUAAGGACCCGCCCCAGUCCCAUAUUGUCCGCCAUGUGUCGUUAGAGGUUGUCAACAGUGCCGCCCAGGCUGGCCUAAUUGACCUGCAGUCGCUUGGGUUUGUCCGGGACGGCUUGCUCGGAUACCUGCGUCAGGUGUACGGCCGUGAGGGCGCGAACCCCGACCCGCCCAACAUCCAGAACAAGAUCGCCCAGACCGUCACAUUCCUCUUCUCCGCGCUCUACGGAAAUGGCUGGGAGUCUUUUUUUGACGACAUCCUGAGCCUUACGCACAAGUCGCCCUCCAGCACUACAAGGGACAACCCGCUCGGUAUCGUCUUCUACCUCCGUGUUAUCAACUCCAUCCAUGAUGAGAUUGGUGAUGUGUUGGUUUCUCGAUCUCGUGCGGAACAGGACCGGGCAAAUGCGCUGAAGGAUUUGAUCCGUGUGAGGGACAUGCAGAAGAUCGCUAGUUCGUGGCAAGAAAUUCUGUCGCAGUGGAUGGACGGCAAUGAUCUUAUUGUCGAGAUGUGUCUGAAGGCCGUUGGAAGCUGGGUGAGCUGGAUUGACAUCGGGUUGGUGGUGAACCAGACGAUGCUCGAUUUGCUCUUCCAGCAGCUGGGCCGUGCGCAGAAGGCGGAGCUCCGCGAGGGAGAGGACAAAGUGCGGGAUGCGGCUGUUGAUGUCUUUACGGAGAUUAUUGGCAAGAAGAUGAAGGCCGAAGACAAGAUCGAUAUGAUUGCCUUCUUGAACCUCGAUAAUGUGGUGGGCCAGAUCUCCUCUAGCCCCCCGCUUUUCGCCAACCGAUUUACGUCCAAAUACGAUACCGAUCUUGCCGAAACGGUUGCGAAGCUGGUCAACACCACGGUGACUGAUAUCGUGCGUGCUUUGGAGCAGGAUACUGUGUCCGCCCAGUGCAAGGAGAAAGCCAAUGGUCUGUUGCAGGUGUUCCUUCCGCACAUCCUACGCUAUUUCUCCGAUGAGUACGACGAAGUUUGCUCCACUGUCAUUCCCUGCGUGAGCGACCUGCUUUCGUACCUGCGGAAGAUUGCCAAGGCCAAUCCGUCCGUCGCUUCUCAGCACUCGUCCAUCCUUCUUCCAAUCCUCAAGGCGAUCAUCCAGAAAAUGCGAUACGACGAGACCGCCUCUUGGGGCGACGACGACGACCAGACCGACGAGGCUGAAUUCCAGGAGCUCCGCAAGCGACUCGGAACCCUGCAGCAGAUUGUUGCCACUGUCGAUGAGAGACUUUACAUGGAAGCUGUUUCGGAGGUUGUGGCGACCACAUUCGAGAACAUGCGCCAAUCAGGUGCCCAACUGGACUGGAGGGACCUGGAUCUUGCCCUGCACGAGAUGUUUCUGUUUGGAGAUGCUGCCACCAAGACUGGAAGUCUCUACAACAAGGGACAGCCUAGCAGCCCAUCUGCGGAACGGCUGAUCGAGAUGAUGCUGCGCAUGGUCGAAUCCGAUAUCCGAUCCUUUACCCACCCAGCGACGCAACUGCAGUACAUGGAGAUUUGUGUCCGCUACACUUCCUUUUUCCACGCUCAUAGCCACUUGAUUCCUGGCGUCCUGGAGAGUUUCCUUCAGCUUGCCCAUCACCCAAUGAAGAAGGUCAAGACCCGAGCGUGGUACUUGUUCCAGCGCCUGGUGAAGCAGCUCCGAGCCUACGUCGACAAUGUCGCCCAGACGGUCGUGGAGACACUGAGUGAUUUGUUGGUUAUCCAGGCGGAAUUGCCCUCCGAGAAUUCCGACGGAGAUGAGAUGUCAUCGGAGGAUCACGAAGGGUCUGCUGAUGCUGUUUUCAAUAGCCAACUCUAUCUAUUUGAAGCCGUUGGCAGUAUCUGUUCGGUUCCCACAAUCCCCGCGGACAAGCAGGUUCUCUAUGCGCAGUCCGUGCUGUCUCCUGUGUUUGUUGACAUGGAGAAGAAUCUGGGCCCAGCCAAGUCGGGAGAUGCCCGUGCCGUGCUUCAAAUACACCACGAUAUCAUGGCGCUUGGAACACUUGCAAGAGGCUUCUCAGACUGGCAGCCCGGGACUUCCUCGCCUACCGCCCAGCUCCCCGCGCCCGAGGUGUCAGAGGCAUUCAGCCAGGUGUCGGAAGCCACCCUUGUUGCUUUGGAGUCGCUAAAGGCGUCCUUUGAUAUUCGAACCGCUUCUCGAUUUGCGUUCUCGCGACUAAUCGGGGUUCUCGGAUCUCGUAUUCUUCCCCAGCUUCCUCGUUGGAUCGAUGGUCUUCUGACUCAAACGUCAUCCCGGGACGAGAUGGCGCUGUUCUUGCGUCUGCUUGACCAGGUCAUUUUCGGAUUCAAGGGCGAAAUCUACAACAUCCUUGAUGCUCUGUUGAUGCCAUUCCUGCAACGGGUGUUUAGCGGAAUCGCGGAAGCGCCCUCGGGCACUGAUGACGAGAUUCACUUGGCGGAGUUGAAGCGGGAGUAUCUUAACUUCUUGCUGGCCGUGUUGAACAAUGAUUUGGGGGCUGUCAUCAUCAGCGAGCGAAACCAACCCAUGUUCGACACCGUCAUUACGACCAUCGAGCAUUUUGCCAAAGACGCCGAAGACUUUACAACCGCGAAGAUGGCUUUCAGCGUUCUGUCCAGGAUGGGUAGCGCUUGGGGUGGCCCGGAUAUCGCACCCGCAGCCCCGAACGGAGCUGGCGCUACACAAGUUGCGCUUCCAGGCUUUGGGCAGUUCAUGAUUACGCGCUUCUCUCCGCUAUGCUGGGCCCUCCCGGCCACCCCGUCCUUCAACUCGAAGGACGCUCAGGCGAAGCAGGUCCUCGCUGAGGCGGGAGGUCUGCAACGGAUCAUAUACAGCAAGACGGGCAUGGAGUACCUCGAGUACCUCCGGGACCGCGAACUGCCUGGUAUGGGCAUGGGGGCAGAUCUCGUGGAAGAGUACGUGGGGACACUGAGCCGGCUGGACCUGAAGGGUUUCCGGCAGUUCUUCCCGCAAUUCAUCCAACGAUUCAGCGCAUGA